CCUUCACCUACAUCACAUUUAGCUUGAGUUCAGUCUGAGGCUCAGACAGUCAGCAGCAAGACAACAUGGAAGACACAGCGCUUUGCCACAGACUGCUGGUGAUUGUAGUGCUGCUGCUCACUGCUCAUGGUCAGAACAGUUACAUUGUUCACAAAGCUGGUGAGUGGAGAUGCACAUUUUCCUCAUAUUGAUCCAAACCGACUGCAGUUCUUUGAAUAUGAAUCCUUCUCAGUUAAUUGUGCUGGGUUCCACAACCCAACUGAAUGGAGAGUGAUGAGAAAGGUUUCCCCAAAUGCUUCUCCACAGGAGGUAUCAACAGGAUAUUUGAACAUUAAACCAGCCUUUGUAUCUCACAGUGGAGAAUACUGGUGUGAAAAUGGAGACGGAGAGAGAAGCAACAUCACUGUCAACAUCACCGUAACUGCUGGUUCUGUGAUCCUGGACAUUCCUGCUCUCCCUGUGAUGGAACGAGAAACUGUAACUCUGUGCUGUAGAAAAAAGGCAUCGUCCAACCUCCCAGCUGAUUUCUAUAAAGAUGGCCGCUUCAAUAGGACUGUAUAUAAAGGCAAACUGACCAUUCACAAUGUUUCCAAGUCUGAUGAAGGACUCUACAAGUGCAAAAUCUCCGGAGCUGGAGAAUCAGCUGAGAGCUGGCUGUCUGUCAGAGCAAAUAUUCUUCCCGCACUUGAAGACACAACACCUCAAAAUGGUAAAGAGACUCCUCUUCCUCUGCGCCCUGACUCCAUUCAGCUCUACAUCCUGUUAUCGGCCGCUUUUGCCAUUUUGUGUGUGGUUCUGCUGCUGUUGGUGGUGGGACUAGCUCAGUGUCGGAAACAUAGAGUAGCAUGCUUUUCCUCUGAGAUGCCAACAACAGAAUCAGAAAUAGUGUAUGAACUUGCCAGUGAAACUGAUCCACAAUUAGAUGCACAUGCUAAAGUCAAAAAACACAAGAAGAAGAGAGUUGGUAGAGAGGCAAAUGCAGUGGAUCACACUACGGAUGUGACAUAUGCUACUGUUACAAAGUGGAAGGAAAGAGUUUCCAGAAAGGCAAAUGUAGCUGAAACAAACAAUGUAAUAUACGCUUCUGUGCAAAACAGCAGAAGCAGACAGGUCACUGACAGGAGGAACAUCAACUGAAUGAUCGAGUAGAGACUCUUAAAGCACUGUAAUGCAAUAAUACUUAGUGAUUCUAUGUACAUUGUUCAUAUUAUUUAUGAUACAUAUUAAUUGGCUGUUGUGUAUCUGGUCUACAAGUGCUGCUUGUUUAUUGAUUAUAUAGCAUUUUGAACUUUGUCUCUCUCAUCUAUUUCACUGGGUGGACCAGUGUUGAUCAGUGAGAUAUUUCAAUGUCUAUUCUUUAAUUGUGUCUGUGUAGAUUGCUCCUGCAUUGUAAUGACCUAAAGCCACUGAGCUAUGCUGAUGCUUGAGUGAGUCUUGUUAUGAAUGCAGAAGUUUUUUUACUUUUAGGGUCAAAGAAGUCAGCAGUUUCCAAAUCUUCUAUUUUUAAGACAAUUAAAUAACAUUUAGAAAUAAAAUGAAAACACUUUAGUUCUUGCCCUUUGUUGAACAGCUAACAUCAAUAUGUUUUGGUUACUAAAAUAAAGAAAGUAUACA